AUGCAAUCGUAUUUGGCAUAUAAACGAUUCGGGAGGUUAACCGAAGCGCAAUUCGAGAGGGAUAGAUUGAGAGCAGAGGCGCUGGAGAGGGGAAACAAAGAUGUGCAAUCUGGGAAUUUGUCUUUGGAUUUGGAUAGGAAUAGAAGGCAUGGGUCUGGGGGGCUUCAUUCUUCUUCUUCUUCUUCUUCUUCUUCUUCUUCCUCCUCAUCCUCUGAUAAUACAGGAUCCUCGUCAAUGGAGCUACAUACGCACGAUAUCGAGAAAGCAGAGAGGGGUAUACCAGAUGCCCCUUCACUAGAUGAACAAGACGAAGAAAGCGGAAACGCGAGAUCCGAAACCCUUGAUCGAAUAGCCACUCGAGCAACAACACACACCACGCGCAGUUUCGGAACACGAUUGGGAUACACAUUAACGGGGAUCGAAGUGCGAGAACUAUCCGAGCAGUUAACGCGAACCCGGACCGCAUCAAAGAGCAAAUCCCAAUCGAGAAAAACACCCCACGCAAACGAGGCGGGGAAUGAAAAACAAGGAGAGAGAGAAACGGUCUUCGUAGUCGGGUAUGAAGGCCCGAAAGAUCACAUGAAUCCGCAUAAUUGGUCGCUCUGGCGACGAGGUUUCUGCACCAUCAUGAUUGCGUCGAUCGGAUUUAUAGUAGGUUUUGCGUCGUCGAUUGAUAGCGCGGCGUUGACGCAGGCGGCGGAGAAUUUUGGCGUGAGUGAGGUUGCGGAGUCGUUGGCUACGGGGUUGUUUCUUGUGGGAUUUGGACUGGGGGCGUUGUUUGCUGGACCGAUAUCCGAAACGAUCGGGAGAAACCCAGUAUACAUUUCCACCCUCUUCAUAUACAUGAUCUGGAUCAUGGCAUCCGCGCUCGCCCCCAAUCUCGCCACGCAACUCAUUUUCCGCUUCCUCGCCGGUUUUUUCGGUUCCACCCCGCUGACCUGCGCCGGGGGAUCCAUAUCCGAUCUCUGGUCACCGAUGGAGCGCGUGUAUGCAUUUCCCGUCUUCGCUAACGCCGCCUUCAUGGGGCCGAUUUUCGGGCCCAUCGUCGGUGGUUUCGUCGGGCAGUCUCACCUUGUGAGUUGGAGAUGGUGCGAAUGGAUUACGUUGAUCCUUUCCGGCGCGAUCCUCCUCCUCAUCACACUAUUUCAACCCGAAACUUUCGCUCCCAUUCUGCUGAAAUGGAAAGCUGCGCAUCUGCGUCGUAUCACGGGCGACGAGCGAUUUGUCGCCGAGGUGGAAAUCAGAGCCGAUCCAUUCAAAACGCGCUUAUUAAAGGCGUUAUAUAGACCCUGUCUACUGAUCACGCGCGAACCCAUCGUCAUGCUCUUCGCGCUCUAUCUCACCGUCGUAUAUAUUAUCCUCUUUACGUUUCUCGACGGAUACACAUACAUAUUUGGCGAAACGUACAAUUUCAGCGAAGGACUCACCGGACUCGCAUUCCUCGGUAUUGCCAUCGGGCUCUGUUUCGCCACGUGUCUCGUCCCCCUGAUCCACCACUGGGCGAAGAAAGAUCUCGAAGCUCUGCGCGCCAUUCACGGAGAGAAAGCGAAACUGCCCCCGGAAAAACGACUCUGGUUUGCCAUGUUCGGGGCGCCAUUUAUCCCCAUCUCGCUUUUCUGGAUGGGGUGGACGAACUAUCCGUCGAUUUCUCCAUGGUCGGGUCUUGUCGCCUCGCUCUUUUUUGGCUUUGGCAUCCUGUGUAUUUUCAUAAGUACGUAUCAGUAUAUCAUCGAUUCCUAUGAAAUGUACGCGGCGUCUGCAUUGGCGAGUUUGACGCUGGUGAGAUAUGUGGCUGCGGGGGGGAUGGUGGAGGUGGGAAUUCCGUUCUACGAGAAUUUGGGCGUGCAUUGGACGCUUACGGUGUUGGGGGGGAUAAGCGCGGUGAUGGUGCCGGUGCCGUAUUUGUUUUAUGUUUAUGGGGAGAAAGUGAGGGGGUGGAGUCGCUUUGCUGCGACGCAUUAG